AUGCUUGUCUUCCCUGUAACAAUCGUCAUUGCUUCCUACACUCGUGUUAUUCUGGCUGUUAUCCACAUGGGAUCCAGAGAGAGUCGCCACAAAGCUUUUGCCACACGUUCCUCCCAACUCAUGGUGGUGGGCAUGUACUAUGGAGCAGUGAUGUUCAUCUACAUGAGGCCCACAUCUGAGUGGUCCCCAACCAGGUACAAGAUGGUGUGUAUCUUCUACACCAUCCUCACAUCCAUGCUGAAUCUCCUCAUCUGCAGCCUGUGCAACAGAGAGGUCAUCAGAGCCUUCAUGAAGAUGUUAAGGUGGAGCAAGGCCCUGGCUGCCCAGCUUGCCCAGAGUUCACCGGCUCAGAACAGGGAAGGAAAUGAUACUGUGCGCUUGAGAUGGGGGCACUGCUUGUUUCCAGAGCCUGAAGGUCUGCUCUCUGGAAAUAAACAUGAUGGUGCCAAAUUAGUGAAGAAUCAGAUCUUCAACUCUGACUUCCUCCUGCUGAGAAUCUUCCAUGACAUCCCCACCCACACCUUCCUCUUCCCACUGGUCCUGGCCAUCUUCACAGUGGGCUGUGUGGGAAACGCGGCCAUGGUUCUGCUCAUCUACCUGGAUGCCCAGCUGCACACACCCAUGUACUUCUUCCUCAGCCAGCUCUCCCUCAUGGACCUCAUGCUCAUCUGCACCACUGUGCCUGAGAUGGCCAUCAACUUCCUGUCUGGCAGGAAGUCCAUCUCUCUGGAAGGCUGUGGGGCCGAGAUCUUCUUCUGUGUGUCCCUGCUUGGAGCUGAGUGUUUUCUGCUGGCCGCAAUGGCCUAUAACCUCUAUGCUGCCACUUGCCAUAGUUGGAGGUACCCAGUCCUCAUGAGUCAGAAGCUCGGUGUGCUCCUGACUGCUGCUUGCUGGAGCUUGCAUUCUCUGGAUGAUACCAUCAUGCUCAGAGCUCCCCUGUCAUUCUCCUCCUGCCACUCUCUCAAGGUUCAUCACUUUUUCUGUGGUGUGGCAGCCUUCCUACCUCUCUCAUGCACAGAUACAUCUACAUUCGAAAGGUUGUUGUUCAUCUGCUGCGUGGUGAUGCUCAUCUUCCCUGCUGCAGUCAUUGUCACUUCCUACUCCUGUGUCCUUCGAGCUGUCAUUGACACAGCUGGGGAAAGUCACUGCAAAGCCUUCGCCACCUGCACCUCACACAUGGUAGUGGUUGGGCUCUACUCUGGGGCUGCCAUGUUCAUGUACAUGAGACCAGCCUCCUUGCCCACCCCAGAGCAGGACAUGAUGGUGUCAGCCUUCAAGGCCAUCCUCACACCAGUGCUGAACCAGCUCAUCUACAGCCCGAGGAACAGAGAGGUAUCCAGGCUUAGGGAGCUAGUGGAGGGAGGAAAGAUCCUAUGA